AUGAAGGUCAUCGUCCGCGACGACAAAGACAGUGCCUCGAAGUACGCCGCCCGACAUAUCAUCAACCGUAUCAAUGCCUUCGCCCCGACCCCCCAAAAGCCCUUUGUCCUCGGACUACCUACUGGCAGCAGCCCCGAGAUCAUCUACAAAUAUUUGGUUGAGGCGCACAAGGCCGGUGAGGUGUCGUUCGCCAAUGUCGUGACCUUCAACAUGGACGAAUACGUGGGCCUGCCCGAAGACCACCCCGAAUCCUACCACAGUUUCAUGUACAAGCACUUUUUCGCCCACGUUGACAUCAGCCCUGAGAAUGUCAAUAUCCUCAACGGCAAUGCCCCCGACCUCAAAGCCGAAUGUGCGGCCUAUGAGGAGAAGAUUGCCCGCGCCGGUGGCAUUGACCUCUUUCUGGGCGGCAUCGGACCAGAUGGGCACAUUGCAUUCAACGAGCCAGGUUCUUCACUGCGGUCAAGGACCAGAGUUAAGACUUUGGCAGAGGAUACAAUUCGGGCUAAUUCGCGGUUCUUUGGUGGCGAUCUCAGUCAGGUCCCCAGACAAGCAUUGACCGUGGGUGUGGGCACCGUCAUGGAUGCGCGGGAGGUGCUGGUCAUCGUCCUAGGCUCCAACAAAGCGGUCGCUCUGGCAAAAACGAUCGAAGGGGGCGUCAGUCAGAUGUGGACUUGCAGUGCUCUACAGAUGCACGAGAAUGCCAUGAUUGUCUGCGAUGAUGCCGCCACAGACGAAAUGCAGGUGAAGACUGUCAAGUACUUCAAGAGCAUCGAACAAGUCUCUGUCGAACAGGAGACUGCCAAAGCCACUCCUCAACGGUCGCAGGUUAGGCUGGACAACUGGCGGGCGGGCUUGAAGGACCUGAGAAUCGACACGGAGAAGAAAGAGCUGGUGGAUCAAGACGAUGGAGAACUGACACCGGACAGCAUGUCGUCGAGGCUGGUGGACUCGGCCAUCGCCAUGAAUGAUAAGAAGAUGGGGGAUUUCAUGUUUGACCGCAUGGGCUCGCGCGUGUCGACCUUUGCAGCAUGA